AAGCAGGGCAGUUGAUUCCUGUAGCUUUGGGUGAUUAUCAUCAGAGCAUUUGAACAAACGUCAGGCUCCUCCUAACCCAGGGAUUAGAGAGAGAGAGAGAGAGAGAGAGAGAGGCUGGGGUCUAGAACCUCAUAUACACAUUUAAACCUUCAGCCUGUCUGCGUUUUCCAACACUUCCUAUACAUGCUGCACAGCCAAAGUCAAUCUCCACCAGUCCAUACUAACACAGAGUCAACAGGAGGAGGAGGGCACCACUGGAGCAACAGGCAUGUCAGGCAUGGACAACAUGGACCGAGGUUUCUUCCGGAAGGUAGACGUGCCAGACCAAGCUCAUUACAUCGUGGCCUGCUUCGUUGUGGUGAUCGGAGCAGUGGGGGUCGGUGGGAAUGCCCUGGUGAUGUACGCCUUCUUCAGUAACAAGAAGCUCCGGACUCCUCCCAACUAUUUCAUCAUGAAUCUGGCAGUGAGUGACUUCCUCAUGGCCAUCACACAGUCCCCUAUCUUCUUUGUCAACUGUCUCUACAAGGAGUGGGUUUUUGGAGAAACAGGCUGUAAGAUGUACGCCUUCUGUGGGGCCUUAUUUGGGAUCACUUCCAUGAUCAACCUGCUGGCUAUCUCCAUUGACCGCUACAUCGUCAUCACCAAGCCCCUACAGGCCCUCCACUGGACCUCUAAACGCCGCACCUCCGUUGUCAUCGUCAUAGUCUGGCUCUACUCGCUGGCCUGGAGCCUGGCGCCUCUCUUUGGCUGGAGUUCUUAUAUCCCUGAGGGCCUGAUGACCUCCUGUACGUGGGAUUAUGUGACCUCCACACCAGCCAAUAGGAGUUACACUCUCAUGCUAUGCAUCUUUGUGUUCUUCAUCCCACUGGGCAUCAUCUCCUACUGCUACCUCUGCAUGUUCCUGGCCAUACGCACUGCCAGUAGAGACAUGGAGAAACUGGGCAGUCAGGUGAGGAAGUCCACCCUCAUCCAGCAGCAGUCCAUAAAGACAGAGUGGAAGCUGGCCAAGAUCGCCUUUGUGGUCAUCAUCGUCUAUGUGAUGUCCUGGUCUCCCUACGCCUGCGUCACCCUCAUCGGCUGGGCUGGCUAUGGACGUGCCCUCAGCCCCUACUCCAAGGCCGUCCCUGCUGUCAUUGCCAAAGCCUCAGCCAUCUAUAACCCUUUCAUCUAUGCCAUCAUCCACUCUAAGUACAGAGACACUCUGGCAGAGAAAGUACCCUGUCUGCACUUCCUGGCCCAACCCCUCAGGAAGGGCUGUAUCUCUAUGUCCAACAGCGAGUCCUCCUUCAGGGACCCUAUGCUCAGCAGACAGUCCUCCACCUCCAAGACCAAGUUCCAUAAAGUGUCCUCCAUGUCCACCGGAGACACAGUGUGGAGUGACGUGGAGCUGGACCCCUACGACCAGCAGAGCCAGUCUCUGAGAAUCAGCCACUCCUCUGGAGCUCUGAGAGUGAAGGAGUGCAGACAGUCAGUCCAGCAGCAGGCAGAAAAAGGCUGCUGUCCUCAAGAGGGGCUCACUGAGCAGCUGUGACCAUGACCUAGUGUCUGAAUCUGUGACCAGGGAGGAGGCUGUGGAGGGGUGGCAGGAGGAGGAGAAGACCCAGGAGAUAGCCCCCCCAGUCAGCUCAGGAGGAGGUGGAGGAGCCACCCCCCUGCCGCCCCACCACCAGCCUCCUCACCCCCCAGGUCCCCCAGCACCCUGAACAACAACAAACACAGAGACUGUGAGGUUCAACACAUCAUCAUCAGCCCCUCGUCAGAGACAACGGGGCACUAUACGGGGAGGAGCAUGGAGCACAGACCUGUGAGGGGAACAUGCUACUGGGCCUGCAGAGCUUAAACUGCUCCAAUGAACUGCUGGAGUUGGUUGAAAAGUCCCUCUCCUGAAACCCCCUGGGGAGUCUGUCUGAAGACAUUGCUGUAUGCAUGAUGUGUGGAUGUGAUACUGUCACAAUAUUGUACAAUACAGACAAUAGAGAGCAAGUGAGGAUUGUCAUGGUCCAAGAAGGUUAUACUUAUGUUAAAUACAAUCAGCUGUAAACAGAAUCACCUUUAAUCACUACUGUUCUUCAGUCGCAACGCUCUGUGUGUAGCCAGCUUCUAAUGCUUUCCCAACUGUCAGAGUAUGUGUAAUCUACUGUAUGAUCUUGACACACUUCUGUCCAGUGUUUGUCUUAUGUAUGGCCUUAUGUUUUAAUGACAAACAAAUAUCUCAUGAUAAACAAUCCUUUGGUCUCCUACAGCAGGCUACUGGGUAGGUUGUCCUAUACCUGCUUUAAGGCCUGAGUAGAAUCUACCCUCACCGCACAAGUACGUAAGGACACUGUAAAGACUCGGAUGGACUUGUUUUUUGGUGAUCAACCCAGCAGGUUGCAGGAUCUUUCUGAAAGUGUGCAUUCUAAAACCAAGAACCACAUAAUAUGAGGACCAACUGAUUCACCAGAAAUCAAUAAGACAAAAGAUCCAUUUGAUUCAAACCAAAUGAUGCAGCCCAAUCCAAAUACAAAACAUCUAGACUAGAGAGAGUUAGAAAGGCUCAAGCACUGUUACUAUACAUACGAAACACUUUCCUUAGGGUGAAACUUUGUGUAAAGGAGGGGUUUAGAAAAUGUAGUAAUUUCGUAUGAUUUAACCUUUGGAAACUAAAUCAUAUAAUUACUGAAAUGUUUAGAGUAUUUUGUGUGUGGCUGUACAAGUUUUGAUUACCACUUGUUUUUCAACUGUCUACUACUGGGUUUGUAAUCCCCAUGGACUGUGGAGCAUUUCCUUAGUAUCUGUCACAAGUACUGUAUGUUCCGUUGUAUGUGCACCUGUACUGUAUUUCCUGUAGGUACCAGAUUACUAUUAAAUGAUGGGUUUAUACUA